AUGCUUAUUUCAUGUAGCUAGACUUGCAUUAACAGGGAUUAGAAAUAGUUGUUAAUCUGAUGAUUAGAAAAUUAUUGAACUAUACAGUGUGCACACAUUUAUACUAAUGAAUAACUUUCUGAACAGAUCACAGGCUGGACUCGGAAACGUCUCACCUGAUGAAAAGAGAUAUUAGGUAGUUUUGCUAUAACAGUGGUUUUCACUAAAUAGAUUGUCUUGACAACAGAUGCCCGGUGUUGCUGAUAGUGGGGGAUAAUUCCCCUGCUGUGGAUGCUGUGGUUGACAGCAACUCCAGAAUGAAUCCAACAACAACCACCUUUCUCAAAAUUGCUGACUGUGGAGGUCUUCCACAUGUUGAUCAGCCUGGCAAACUUAUUGAAGCUUUCAAAUAUUUCAUCCAGGGCAUGGGCUACAUGCCAUCUGCUGGUCUGACACGUCUGGUUCGUUCUCGUACUGGAAGUAGCUCAUCUAUUGACCGUAGUCGCAACCGAUGUGGCACAAACACGUCACAGGGUCAGCGUGACGUUCACACACGGAUGUCUCCAUGGACAGUACGUCUAACAGCAUAGAACACAACCCUUCAGUACCCAAACUUUCUGUUAAAUGACUCUACACAAGCAAAUAUCACAAUUUAACUUAAAAAUGUAAUUGUAGCUUCUAAUAGUCAGGUAAAGUAGAUACAAUUAAGUUACAAUAUCUGCUCAAAUGUUUCAACCUUUUAUUUCUUAUAAUGUACAAUACUUUGGAAUAAUUCUGAAAUCACAUACAAAUAUACAGACAUUUCUGUUUAAAAAAAUGUGUACAACUUAGUUGUGUAAAUGAAUAUGUACAGAUAUAUUACAAUGGUAAAAUAAGCAAGAAAUUGUGUCGAAUGGUUUCCGUAUAUCAAACUUAGCAUUUUACAUAUAAGCAUUGCAUAUAAUUUUUAUAUGUUGUUAACAGUUAUGUUCUAUGUUCAUUAUUACUAUUAAGGAUGUACAGAGGUUAUUUAUUAAUAUAAAUACAUUUGAUGUAAUAUCGGUGUGGUUAAUGUUGGCCCCUCUGAUCUUAUAUUGGUAAGCAAGACAACUGCAAAUU